AUGCCUUGCAAAAAGUUCGUGAGAAGCAACAAGACCAACGAGGAAAUCCUAAAGGAAUUUAUCGAAAGUUCACCUGAGAAAGACGGUCUUGGAUUUUUGAAAUGGGGUCAACAUCAUUACAAUGUUUCUUACCGAGAGAGAAGUAGCUUCUUAGAGAUAUACAAAUCGUCAACAGAAAAGGAUCUUGUAAGGUUGGGUAGAAAGCAGCAGGCACAAUUGCAGGCCUAUUGCAAUGAGUGGAAGAACAAGAAUAAGGAAAAGACGCCUGACGUAGACUUGCAUCAAAGCAGGGGUUCACGAAAUUCUCAGCUUCGUGGCGAUGGGGUACUUGAAUGCUGUUUGAAAUCAAUGGACUAUUAUGAGCUCGAAGGAAUAAACAUAUCCAAGGAGCUGAUGAAUAUUCGGCAGAGCCUGCUCGCCCGAAACAAACACCUUUCUACUUUUCGGUUCCUCGCUGUCAACUUUAUUUUUUGUCAAGAGUUGAUCGUCGACUUUCUUCCACCCCAGGUGGUGGAUGCCAUGUAUUUUGUGGAAGUAAAGGGCCAAAUGUCAGAGUACGAUCGAAAUUUAAUAGAGGAUUGUGCCCAGGCCGCAAAUACACUGGAUUACAAAGCAUACCGGACGCUCUUGCUCCAAGAGGAUCAGAAAGCCACUCCUAUGCUGCUCGACAUCCUCAGAGUAUGGUGUGACGAUUCAACUCUUUGGUCAGAACGGUCGAUCCGAAAUGAGAAGACUUACAGUGGUGUUGUUGUUACAGCCAUGAUGAGGAAGGUCCUGGCCGGGCUCGAAUGUUUUAUAGAGGAAGAUGCCGAUAUUGGCGUCCCUCAAUACUAUCAUAAAAAGCACCGGCCAGAUGUAGCUUGGCUGCUGCAAUUGGAUCUUCAGGCCAUCAACGGGAUGCAAACGCCAAAGAUAGUUGGUCUUCUCGUACAACAGGGAUGGAUGGAAAUUUAUGUGAUGAGCUUAGAUCAUGAAGCUCUUUAUAUUCCCAAGUUGUUGGGCAAAUUCGAGCUUCCUGAAGAUAGAAGCCACUUUGCUAUGAUAGGAAAGGGACUCAAUUUCCUAUUGAGUUCAAUCACCAAGUCAGGACCCCUAUCACAGAGAGUGAUGAUGUUGGCAAUAUAA